CAGCGACUCCCGUACUUUACCAGGCACGCCUUGUUCUGCACCAUCGCCACACUGCGCUACAAUAUCCGACUCAUCAAACCAGUCCAGCCUCCACUUCGUCCGCUCAUCCACAUCAAUCCCGAAUCACCACAUCUUAUUAGACUUUACUUUAUUUCGCAUCACCCAAACUCUCAGCGCAUUUCUACUCACUCACCUUUUUCUCCGUCUACCUCUUCCUGUCCCAUUCCAAAUCUAUUCAACCUCACGCUUCGUGAGCUCAUACAAGGAACGAAACCUCCACCCCGCCAUCGUCUUUAAGCACUUUUAUCCUCACACACCUCCCCGCCUUAACGUCUUUACGCUGUCGACGCUGGCUCUGGUGCUGGCUGAUUCUGCUACCUUUGUAUGCCCAUUCUUUAUUCAUGACAUUCGACCGCGCCUCGACCCAACAAUCCAACUCACGACCAGGAGAACGCAUUGAAAGCACGCCACCAAUCCCAUCCACGCAGGAGGAUCUACCAUCGCCAUCCUUGAAACGUGCUCACACUCCCACACUCACCACUUCACCCUCUUUCCAACCUCCAGUCGCCAAACAGCUCAAACAUAGCCUGUUCGGCCCUCCUGCAUAUACCAAUGACUUGAUCAAAGGACACUGGGGUCCAAGGGCCCGCAAGAAGGAGGACUCCCACCGGCCGCUUUCACAACCACCCCGGCCUUCUAGUCCUGUCUUUGACCAGUUGUCCCUCCUGGGUGUUGCGGCCAACGCUGCUCUCAGUCAGGCAGAUAGCAUGGCCGGCCCACAAUCUUCCUCCGAUCCCAGUCCAGUCAAGAACGCACCUGCGUCCUCUAUUCCCAUCCGAACUUCACCUCAAUCAAGUCGCUCUGGCAGCGAACGUUACCCCACUCCAACCCAUCCCCCUAAUUCCGACCCCCAUUCACCGCCAGGCAUUCAGCUGUUACACUCCACGUCUCUUGUCGAAUACCUACAACAAGAUGACCGUCCGACUCUAGUCGUCGACCUUGCCGACCACUUCGCCGCAGCUACCUCGGGCUUACGACCCGUCUUUGUUAAUGGAGCACUGAAAUCACGCACGGCCUUGUUCGACCAUAUCCGUGGCCGCUCUGAGGAUCCUACUCUCCUUCUUGACCUCGGAACCCCCUUCAACGAUUUCAAAGCCUGGGCCCUAAGCCCUCUGACCGAGCCGGACAUUGUCGCAACAUUCCCUUUUGGUGGCUUCUUAUGGCAGUCGCGCCUGAUCCGCCAGCGCCUCCGUGUCAUUCAUGGAACACCCCUUGCGGCGUCGCCGCCCUCCAUGGCCGAUGGACAGCAUCGUCCCAUCAUGCAUCAAUACCAGGGCCUUGGUUCUGCCUCCUCCGCAGCCUCCAAUCGACCGGACGCCUCGUCCAGAAGCUAUUUUGACAUCCCCGCUACAACCAGUGGAGAUUUGCCCCAAACCCUCCAGAAUCUUGUCACUCAAGGCGAUGCCUCUUCCGAUUCGGACGACAACCCGGAACCAUCUUCCUCGACCAAGACCCCGCAUGUCAACAGUGCUCCCUCGGAACUCCCUCUUCCCACUGCUAUCUCGGCGUCACUCUCUCCGCCAGUGGAUCUAUAUCGAGACCCAAUCGUGACGGGGACUCUCCCAUCCCAGGGAUUUUUUGACUGGACACGCUUACCCUUAUCCCCUUCUCUACCAGACCAUGUUCGCUUCGCGAGGAGCAUCGAUUGGAACAAGACCAGCCUAGGUCCCAUUGACCAGUGGUCAGUCGAUCUACGUGGCAUGUGCAACCUGAUCAUGGCGAGCCCACAUCCAUCUGCCAUGUAUUGGGGCCGAGAACACGUCGCCAUAUACAAUGAAGCCUACAUUCUCCUUGCCGGUCAAAAGCACCCCGCACUCAUGGGCAGCCGAUACCGCGACGCCUGGGCCGAAAUCUGGGAUGCCCUCGACUCGGUCUUUGACAAUGCCUUUGAAAAUGCCCAAGCGACCAUGAAGGACGACGACUGCCUCUUCAUUGUGCGCAAUGGCUUUUUGGAAGAAACAUAUUUCUCCUGGUCCAUCAUUCCCUUGAUCGGCGACAACGGCGCAGUCGUCGGCUUGUACAACCCCGCCUUUGAGAAGACCCGACGGAAAAUUGCAGAGCGGCGAAUGCUGACCUUGCGCGAGAUCGGCGAGAGGACUGCCGCUGCCCGCCAUGUCAACCAGUUCUGGGGUCUGCUGCUCGAGGGUUUGGAGUACAAUGAGCUCGACGCUCCACUCGUCCUGAUCUACUCCUUGAAUGACGAUUUGACUGACAGUGAGGCAACCUCGUCAAGUUCAAGUGGCGCCGCGUCAACCAAGGUUUGCUCUCUGGAAGGCAGUCUUGGUGUGCCCCCUGGUCACCAAGCCGCUCCUUCCAUCAUAGAUUUGAAGACAAGCACAAAGGGGUUUGCAGCAUCUUUCAGGCAAGCGUUGACGACAGACAGACCUAUUGUAUUACAAGUUGAAGACGGCACUCUAGACCCAGGCCUCCUGGAAGGCAUUGAAUGGAGGGGUUUUGGUGAUCCCUCCAAAACCGUCGUAAUCGCGCCAAUUCACCCCACCACCGGUGAGUCGACUUUGGGCUUUCUUGUCAUGGCCACCAAUCCCCGUCGGCCCUACGAUGAAGACUAUGAUCUUUUUGUGCAACUCCUCGGCCGUCAGCUUGCUACGUCCAUUGCUUCGGUUAUUCUCUUUGAAGAUGAAAUAAAGAAAAGCGAAAAGGCGGCACAACUGGCCGCCCAAGACAGAAUUGAGCUUAACAAUCAGCUUGUCGCCCGAACGCAGCAAGCUGUCGAGGCAGAGCAAAAAUUCACCAGGAUGGCCGAACUCGCUCCCGUUGGAAUGUUCAUUGGCAGUACGGAUGGCGACAUAGGUUUUGUCAACGACGCGUGGUACGACCUCUCAUCGUACCCCCGAGGUGUCCAGGUUCAUGCCGAAUGGAUCAAGUACAUUGUCGAAGAAGAUCAGCCAAAGGUUCUGGAAAUGUGGGCCAGCAUGCUCAAGCAGAAACGCCCGGUAUCCAUGGAAUUCCGGUUCAAGACCCCAUGGUGCGACAAACUAGGCAACAAAGGCCCUACCUGGGUACUCAUCAGUAUUUCCCCUGAGCGCGAUGAAGAUGGUCAUGUGAGGCGAAUCCUUGGCUCCAUGACGGACAUCAGUGCCCAGAAGUUCUCUGAAAACCUGCAAACUCGCAGGAUGGAGGAAGCUGUCGAAUUGAAAAGGCAACAAGAACGCUACAUUGACACAACCUCCCAUGAGAUGCGCAAUCCGCUUUCCGCCAUUCUCCAGUCCGCCGACUCCAUCACAGCUUCUUUGGCCGACCUGCUCGAGCUCGACAACCUAACUGCAAUUCAGAGAGACAUGAUUGAUAGUACCAUCGACUCUGCACAAACCAUCACCCUGUGUGCCCAGCACCAGAAAAGAAUCGUCGAUGACGUUCUCACUCUAUCUAAGCUUGAUUCGGCCAUGAUGGCAGUCACCCCUGUGGACACUCAGCCAGUUGCUGUGACCCAAAAAGUGUUGAAAAUGUUUGAGGCUGAGUUAAAAACUGGGGACAUCACCUUUGAACUCGACCUUGACUCGUCAUUUGAUGAAUUGAAUGCUCAUUGGGUCCGUCUCGAUCCUCAUCGGCUCUCGCAGGUUUUGAUCAAUCUCUUCACCAAUGCCAUCAAGUUCACCACCAUGCAAGAGAACCGUGCUAUCCGAAUGCACAUUGCUGCCUCUAUGGAAAAACCAUCCAAGGAAGACAAGUGGAAGUUAACCUACAUCCCGUCCCCGUCGUCAAAGGACAAGGAUAUCACCGCUGCCGCCGAAUGGGGAUUGGGCGAGAUUGUCUAUAUUCAUUUUGCCGUUCAGGACACUGGUCGAGGGCUAGACGAGUUGGAAAAGAAGCAGCUUUUUCAGCGUUUCCAACAAGCUAGUCCUCGCACUCAUGUCACAUAUGGGGGGUCAGGACUGGGACUUUUCAUCUCUCGUGAGCUCGUCGAACUUCAAGGAGGCGAAAUUGGCGUGGCAUCGGAAAGCGGCAAGGGUAGUGUCUUUGCCUUUUAUGUCAAAACUCGCCGGUCCACCCAACCACCAGGCCCUAUAGACAUGUCGACCUCGGCCCCGUCCAGCAGAAAAGGCUCCAGGACGACUCAUCUCACCCGAACAAAGUCACAAUUAUUGGCUCCGUCACAAGGCGCUUCUACCCCUUUGGAUCACUCAUCAACAAGCUCGUCUUUAGGACAGUUAAAACUCAGUGUGCUUGUGGUGGAAGACAAUUUGAUCAACCAAAAGGUCCUGGCCAGCCAGCUCCAGAAAAUCGGCUGUGUUGUGUAUGUCGCCAACCAUGGCGCAGAAGCCAUUGAGCGCAUCAAACACUCCAAGUUCAGUCGUGACCACAUAACAGACGGGGUGGACAUCGAUAUAGUGCUCAUGGAUCUUGAGAUGCCGGUGAUGGAUGGACAAACCUGCGCCAGGAAACUUCGUGAAAUGCAGACCUCUGGGGAACUGGUUUCGCAUAUCCCAGUCAUUGCUGUCACUGCCAACGCAAGAGCAGAGCAGAUAGAAAUGACCUUGAGAAGCGGGAUCGACGAUGUCGUCAGCAAGCCUUUCCGCAUACCGGAAUUGGUCCCCAAGAUGAAGGACAUUGUGCGCAAGUUUUUGGAGCAAGACAAGACCUAAUACAGGGCGCUUUGUUUUGUUGCGAGUGAGGGCCUCCUUGUGGAAUGUCUGAAUCUGCCCGUUUGGCAUUGCCGAUACGGCAAACACCAAGUAAUAGAAGAUUAUCCACGAGUUGAGGGACGCCAGCAUUUAUGGGAGGAAGUCAUGAUAAUGUCGAGACACGAGAAAACACUUUAUGCUAUGAAGUUGAACAGUGUUUGGACAUUAAAGCAGGGAACUGACUGUUACAUUGUAGAUACUGACAUAUACGACUGUGUAUAAAUAGAAACCAAUCAAGAUCUACG